UGAAGAUUUAGUACAUGACCUCCAUCGGCACCAUGUUCUACCUGCUGGGGUGACUGUCAGGAGAUUGUCACAGCAGACAAUAAUGUUGAAUGCCAGCAGUGAGUUAGUGUCUCUGCAUUUGGACACUCAUGCGGGUGAAUGUGAGAAACUGAGCAAGAGGCAACAGACAUGAAGAGCUCGGAGCCCAACAAACUCAAACCAGAGGAAGAAAGAGCCAGCCAGGCCCCUGAAGACAUGAUGGAUGAAAGCAAAGUGACAGAUCUGGAGAGCUUAUUGGAAGAACUGGGCUUGAAGCAGAACUACAGAGAGAAGCUAUCACUCAGCAGAAUACUAGAGAUUGAUAUGAAGACCAUCACUGAUGAACCUGCCAGCUGUAAAUCUGACCUUCCAUGGUAUUUUCUAAAGAAAAUAAUGAUGUUUAAUGUCACUGCUAGGAAUGUGAAAUGCACAUUAGAGUGUGAGUCAAACAGUGAUGAUGAAACAGGGAGUGCACACUUAGAUCUUGAUGAUAUGAUCAACCAUUCAAACACAGAUAACAUGGUGAACCCCCUCGACGUAAUCACUGCUCUCUUUCUGUGUUCUGAUGGUUUUCUACAGCAGGAAAUGGCACUAAAAAUGUCCAUGUGUCAGUUCUCUGUCCCUCUGCUGCUUCCUAAUUGUGACACAGAACAGUGCACACUCAUGCUGUGGGCCAUGAGAGACAUUGUUAAAAAAUACAGACCUCAGUCUCUUUCACAGUCAAAGGGCUUCAUUGAAGAAAGAAUUGUUCUCUCUGAACUUCCAAUGGUCUCUUUUGUCAGACUGGGUGAGUGCUCCUUGUCCAAGUCCAAGUUUCUCAAUGAGUUUCUGAGCAAUGAUCAGCAGUACCACAAUACCUUUGUUCACCACAACAUGGAGUGUGGUGACAGUUCAAGAAGAAUUUCCAACGGACUGACUGAAAUUACUUGGUAUCUUCCUGGUGGAAACACAAACAUUGAUAUUUUCAGUCAGCCAGUGGCUGUAGCUAACCUUCGUGGGGACAUUGCUUCAUUUGAAACACAAUACUCCUUUUUGUGUCAGACAUCUGCAGCAGUUUUUGUUUUCUUUGAUCAUUUGGAUUCUGAGUCUGAGUCUGUGAUCAGUCUACUUAAAAGCCAAAACCACAAAGCACAGAUCUUCUUGGUUGGUAACUAUGAGAGCAAGCGCUUCAAUUUAGAAGCUGUGAAAAAAGUAGCAAACAGUUUGGGCUUCACUAAAGGCAAUGUCAUGAUUAAAACAAAGCAGAAAAAUGAUGCAGACUUUGUAAAAGAUUUGAGGAAAACAGUUAGAAAUAUGGUUGAGAAAUCAGAGCUGAAGAUGAAAAUAGAGGAGAUGGUGGAUGUUGCCCAUGAACUGGGAAUCCUGGUUGACGAAGACUCUCCAGAGUGCCAGACUGCAAAGGAAAAUGCAAAAACCAUCACUGCAGAAAUUCAAGACAUCCAUAAAUACAAAGAAUAUCAGUUUCGCCGACAAGGCCAAAUAUGGAAAACACUGACCUCGUUACAGAAGGAAGAGUUGCGACUUCGAAAUCUUGGGUCUAAAAAUAUAGAAGAUUACAAAAGUGAUCUUCAGAAACAUAAAGAGGAACUGCGGCAAAAGCAAAACUCUUAUGAGAUAUCAACAGCUAUGACAAACUUCAUCACUGGGAUAUCAAGCCCAGGAACAGAGAGGUUUUAUUUCCUGAAAUGGAUGCGAAUGAACCUCGAUAAUGUGUCUCGUAUAAAACUGUCUGAACUCAGGGAGAAAUAUAAAGAAAAAUGCAAGAACUCUGAGAACAAAGAGGAGAUCAAAGAAAUUGACAAAGAAAUUUCCAGCAGCUCACUGGGGACUGAACACUUCUUCCGUGAAAUGGGUCAGAUCUAUGAAGCUUCACUGUCUCUCCCCAAAACAGACCCAUCACAUCAGCAAUUGCAGCAUCUGCCCAAACUGUGUGCAGAGUUGUUGCUUGAUGGAUUUCCUCUUGAGCUCGUAGAUGGAGAUGCAUCCAACAUCCCUCUCAGAUGGGUGAGUGAUGUUCUCUCUCAGCUCAGUGACCUGGUGUCUACAAACAGAAAGAUACGAGUAGUCACAGUUCUUGGAGUUCAGAGCACAGGAAAGUCCACUCUCCUUAACACCAUGUUUGGAGUGCAGUUUGCAGUCAGCAGUGGUCGAUGUACUCGAGGUGCCUUCAUGUUGCUCAUCAAAAUCAAUGAAGACAUGAAAAACGUCCUAAACUGUGACUUCAUGGUGAUCAUUGACACUGAGGGCUUAAAGUCACUAGAUCUUGCACAACUGGACAACAGCUAUGAGCAUGACAAUGAACUUGCUACACUUGUUGUGGGGCUGAGUGAUACCACCAUUGUCAACAUUGCAAUGGAGAAUUUAACAGAAAUGAAAGAUAUCCUGCAAAUAGUUGUGCACGCUUUUCUCAGGAUGAAGGAGGUGGGCAAAAAGCCUAAAUGUCAGUUUGUUCACCAGAAUGUGUCGGAUGUUUCAGCCCAUGAAAACAACUUACGAGACAGGAAACUGCUCCUGGAUCAGUUAAAUGAGAUGACUCAGGCAGCAGCCAAAAUGGAAAAGAAAGAGGAGAACAAGAGCUUCACUGAUGUGAUGGAGUACAGUCCAGACACUGGGAACUGGUACAUUCCUGGACUGUGGAAUGGAAACCCACCAAUGGCACCAGUUAAUGCAGGAUACAGUGAGGCUGUAUAUGAGCUCAAGAAAAACAUCAUCCAACUACUGAGAAACUGUAAAUCAUCUGCUAAUAAUAUCAUGGAGUUUAAAGAGUGGGUGAAAAGUCUGUGGAAUGCAGUAAAGCAUGAAAACUUCAUCUUCAGCUUCAGAAACAGCCUCGUAGCUGAUGCAUACAUGAAGCUCUGCACAGAGUUCAAAAAAUGGGAGUGGGAGUUCAGAAAAGAAAUGUACACCUGGGUAACAAAUGCAGAAACAAAAAUUUCAAAUGUUGGUACCAUUGGAGCAAAAUCUGAAACAUCUGACAUGAGAGAAUUUCUCGAAUCUUUGAAAAGGGAAGCCUCCACAGUGCUGUCUACAUGGGAGACAAAGAUUCUAGACAAUCUGACACAGUAUUUUGAGCAAACAGAGGGUCACGUGUCUCUAGUUGAAGGAUACAAAGAGGAAUUCUUAAACAGUGUAGUAGUCCUUAAUCGUGAAAUAAAAAAUGGUGUAAAGUAUCAGCUUGAAGCAGCAGCAGAAAUCAGACAAGGAAUGAAAGAAAUUGAUAAAAUCAAAGACAGUAAUAGAAAAGAAGUUGAAAAAGCAGUGCGUGCAUUAAUUGAUAAAUGUCGAAAGAAAGAAGUCCAAAUGACAGACGAAGAGUUGGACAAAGAAUUUGAGAGGAUGUGGAGUGAAACUUUAGAAAAACUGUCUUUCUCUGAACAAAAACCAAAAAAUGUCACAGACAGUGUGUCCUGCUGUCUGAGAGAAAAUCUAACACACAGGGGGAGCCAUGCAAAUGAGUUAUUAAGUGAAAUGAGUCUGCAAGAUUGUGGAAAAGAGUCUUUUAAAUAUACAGCUGAAGGACGGUUCAAGAAACUUAAACACGGAGCAAAGAAGGUUUUUACUGGUCAGGAUCACAUAAUGGCUGCACAACAUCUGGCUGACAGGAUCAUAGAUAUUUGCACAGACUUUGUGACUGAACAAGUGAAAAGAAAAAAUAAUUACCAUGACAAUUCCAUCCAUGAGAUCCUCCACAUGAUUGAUGAGAAGCUGCAAAAUAAUCAAGAUGUUAAGAUAAACACUGAGUUUGAAGUUUCUCUAAAACAGCACAUCUGUGGAUUUGCAGCCAGAGUGUUUCAGGAAAUGCACGAAGAUUUCUUAGAAGAAAAUGAUCCGUACAGAUGUCUGAUUAAAAACAAGGAAAAGUUUCAUGAUGAUUUCAAAGAUGUGUUCAAUGAACGAGACCAGUGUCAGAAGAAGGCAGAAGAAUUCACAAAUCGAUGUUUGAAACCUGCUGUUGAAGACUUUGUUAAUCGCUCCCUGGGUCCUGAUAUCAUUGAUGAAAUGAGGAAACUCAAGCAUUUCAGCAACCAAAUGUCCUUCCAGUAUUCAAUUUUACUGGAUUUGCUUUCCAAGGAGGAUUUUCAAAACUAUCUGAGCUAUAUUUGCUCAUAUGAGAAGUAUGUAAAGAUAUGGAUACUCAAACAAAUAAAUAAGCACUUCUUAACUGAAUCAUCAGUUUUUAAGUUUGAGGACCUACAUCUGCAGUCAUGUAUUGACAGCAUAAAUUCUGCCAUCAUCAAGGCCAAAACCAGAGAGAGUGAUGAUUUGAAGGCUUUUGUUGAAGAUAUCUGCAAAGAACUUGGAGAUAAACUGGUCAUUUCCCAGGAUGCUCUUAGUGCUUUCAUGAUACUGAACAACGCUGACAAGGAACAGUUUGCUGACUGUCUCACGGCAUCUGUGAAUUACAUGACAGAAAGUCUUAGAAAAAAGUUUAAAGAAUCUCCCUUUUUAAUGAAACUACAACAUCUGCAUGUGAAUCCACUAAAUGAGCUUUUCAAACAGUUGAUUGGUUGUGGCAAACAGUGUCCAUUCUGCAAAGCUCCUUGUGAUGCAGGAGGAAAAGCCCAUACUGAGCACUUUGUUUCACUGCAUAGGCCGCAGGGUCUGGGCAGAUACAAGUAUGAGAGGACAGAGAAACUUGUUAUUGAAAUAUGCUCAUCCGAUGUGAUCAGUGACAAAAAAUUUCGUUGCUGUGAUACAAACAAUAAAUGGCACCCUUAUAAGAAAUACAAGAAAAUAUAUAAAGAAUGGAAUAUUCAGCCAGAUAAGAGUCUCGAAGCAUCAGACUACUGGAAAUAUGUAAUGACAAAAUACAACAACGACUUUGCCGAAGAAUAUAAAGCAAAACCUUGUUUCAUCCCAGAAUCUUGGCGUAACAUCAACAAAGAUAAGGCAGAAAAAAGUCUUAAAGAAUCAUAUAACAUCAAGUAACUACUCAUAAUCCUCCUCAUGUCAUUAUUGUGUACAGAAGAACACAUGUUGUGUUUGCGAUACUGAAGAAAAUGUCUCAAUAUUUUAAGAGACAAAAGUAAAAAACUAAAAUUAAAUUUAAUGAACCAUAAUCUGAUUUCAAAUUUAACAAAUGUUUUUUUGUUGUUGUUGUUGUUUUCAUCUUGAUAAUCCAUAUAAGACGUUGUAACAAACCCUAAGAAAAUGCAUACCAUCACUAUCUAGAGAUUUCUUUUUUAUUAUUAAAUUAUUAUCUGUUCAUUUUACUGCUUGUUUGAUAUAUUUACAUUUUUGUUAUGGUUGUUUCAGUUUUCUCCUUUUUUAAAUAAGAAAGUUAUAUAUAAUUUGUUUCUUUGAGGAACCUGGUGCCAAAAUCUUUACACUUUCAAUGUUUUAAAAGAUCCUCUGAAUAUAAACAUUUGCAUUAGAAUAUGUGAUUUUCUUACUUAAAAUUUAGAAUUUUGUUUUCUUUCAUAUUUGAUCUAUCAGACAGUUUCUAAAAGACUCAGAGAAUCAUGCAUUUGAUAUCAUUUUAUAUCUGGUGUGAUCCAUAGUCAAUCAUUUAAUCGGUUAAACAAGCCUCAGUUAUAACAAAUAGCAAACUGUCGAUCAACCUGUGUGUUAUCUACAAAAGAAUAGUCUGUUUAACAAUCCACCACACAACCAAUGUUCUCCCUGUGGUUAUCACAAAGCACUUCGCACAUGGUUGAAUCAAAACAGUCCUUCACACCCUCUUCAGUCUCCUCAGAACAUCUUUUCACAGUAUGGGUGACUGCUUGUUCCCUGUGUACUAAAGCUUAAUAUACAGAGAGGUGGUACAACAGGUUGUGAUUUGAUUUUCCCAAAGGAGGAAGUGAAUACAUGCCUAUAUGCCUCUUUUGUGUUAGCAUUCAGUAUGUCCAGUGUUUUAUUGUCUCUUGUGGGUUGUGUAAGUCUCCACUGAGACUUGUGUUCUGUAAAUUGUAAUGACAACAGAUCAAUAAAUGUG